AUGAAUGGGGAAGGGAAAGGGAAUUAUGGUAGGGGGCUCUUCCUGAAAAGGGGCAAGGCACGUGCCACCAGGCACCAGGAGGUGGGCGAGGAGUUGAAGCAGAGAGGGACUGAGGUGCGGGGUGUAGUUGGUGCUUGGAGCGGGGGUGAGGAGAGGGGACGGAGGAAGAAGGCGAGGGGAGCGGAGGCUCUCGAACGACGCUGGCAUCGCCUCAUCCUUCAGGCCCUUGAGGCCCAGUUCCGCCUCGAAGCCGCCCUCAGGAACGCCCAACAGAAAUGUGAGGAAGAGGAAGAAAAGAUGGUGAGAAUGGAUGUGAGUGCUUUUGACUCGGAGCGAUCUUUGGUCAUCUUCGCCUUUGAUGAAUGCUUGGGAAGGGAAGAAAAGAAAAAAGUUGCCCGAGGCUGUUCGAUGAUCUCGCCUUUUGGAAAAUGCUCGAAGACAGGACAAGAGACAAGGAAAGGGGGAAUAACUAAUGUCGUGCACCCCACCGCGGUUUGUGGAACCUUGCAUGGAACCUUGCGACAUGUUUAUGACUUCACAACCCGCUCCCCGGGAUGCGGAGAGAAAGAAGGUGUCAUUCACGAGCCCAGUCGAGAUGAAGGGCUAUGCACUCUUUUUAUAGCAUCCAUCGGGAAAGAAAGGAAGAUAGGGGUCGAUGCCUUCCGGGUCGAUGAUGAUGAUGAUGAGGAAAAAGAGGGAGAGUUCCGCGUUCUUAUUUUCUCCCUCACGCAAGAGAAACGUAGAUACGUCUCCGAGGGGGAAUGGGAACACCGAACGUCACGGCUGGAAUUUUAUCUCCCCAUCAACCUGGUGUCUUUGUACGCUCUGUUCCAGGGGAGAAGGUGGAGGGAAUUAUUGGGGAGCGGGGACUGGGAUGAAGGUCCCCCUUGUGCCAAAUACCCGAGGCUUCAUACCCCGGGCCAGGAUGCCUUCUUGAACGCCAGAGGCCAGACUCCGGAGGAAUAUGGAUUGAAGACUCAGUUCUGCUCCUGUAUCACGGCAUCCAGUAACAGCGGCAUGGAAGGUGACGAGACCCUGAAGACACGUGAAUGUUGCUCCACCGCGACCAACGGCAUCUCUCCGACGACAGCGAAGCUCUGUCAGGCCUACUGGAGGGGCCCCAAUUGUGCCACGUUCCACUUUCGACAGGCCUCCCAGGAGCCGGAGUCUCAGAAUUCGGGACAGUCGCGACCCCGGCUGGUGGCACGCGUCAGCCCCCAGAGGCGGGUGAAGGGGCGGCUGGACCUCGACGACGGCAGCGACGGUGCGUCGGCGGAUUCGCCGCUGAAGAUGGACUGGACCGAGAGCUCCGAUUCAGAGUGGCUCAACGUUGGGGGUCUCAGUGACAGCGACUUGAGUGGGUUGAGCUACGACACGGCUGAAGAUCAGGUCAAUGGGAAUUUGAAUGGAAGUCGACACCAGGAACGUCCCAUCAGCAACGUAAUGCAUGAAAGCAGCCGACGGGAAUCGACAGGCAGCAAUAGCAUUGCUGAUGAUGAGGCGUCCAAGGAUUCGCCCAGAGACGACCAUGAAACUCUGAAAAGGUCAUGCAGCAAGGAAUCGAUCCACCGACUGGUGAACGCAGCCGAGGAUCUCAUCCGAGGAGACGCGGGAAGCGCCCCCCCGCCCCCCGCCCGAGUGGCCCGGGUGAAGGCCUGGCUCCGUCUCCAGCGCCGGGAUGCCAGGAGAGCUGCCAAGCCAGAAGAUAGCUGCGAUGCAAGUGGCGAAUACACAUCGUCGGCUGAUUCUGACUUGGAGAGCAAUAAUUCAGAGGAUCUGGAUGGAAGUGUGCUCACAUGUCGCCAAGGCACUCUCACCAACAGCUAUUCUGGAAUCAGUGACCAGGGCACUCCUGUUGCCGAUCGCACAGUCACCUUCGAAUCCCCAAAGAGAGCGGUUCAGAGGAGAAAGAAAGUCUUGCGUGGUCAGAGACCAUGGAGCGUGACAGAGCUGUCACUAUGGAAUCGACCUGCUGUUGCUUUGGGGGACACACAUCAGAUUUCAAAUUCUGAAAGUGCCAUUCAUUCCCUCAGUAUUUCUCCUCUCUGGGAAUCUGCAUAUGAGAAGACAGCUGUGAGUGAGGCAAUAAAGACACAGGAGAACGACAUGAGAAUGGUUUCUCCGGCAAAAAACAGGAAAUUUCUUCGUGUUUCUCAUUCCAAGCCCCUUAGGCCCAAGAAUAUAUGGGGUGAAGCCCGUUCUUGCGAAAGGGAACGACGGAGGAGUUUUCUGCAUCACAGACGAAGCCCAUUUUCUAAAGCCAGGAGCAAUGGGAUCGUCAAGUCCAAGUCCUUCUCUGGUCGAAUGCUGAGUGACGAGGAUGUUGGUGAGACUAGUGAGGUGCUGGUGCGCUAUCAUAGCGACCCUGUGAAAGGAGAUGCUGGAAAGUUUUCCAGUGGCACUGAAGAUGCCUCUGGCCCUCAUCUGUUUCCUCUGGGUGUGGAGUCUGCUCAAGACCAUGAAGGGUUCAGUUCACAGUCUGAGCAGGCCUGGGACCCAUACCAGGCUCCAGUUUAUGGGAGUGAUAACUACAGUGAAGAUGGCAUGGACUCAGAUGCAGUGAGGCGCCUUCUGGAAUUUGGGGAUGACUAUAGAAAUUUCUUGGACAGUCUGUCAGACGCAACGUCAGGGUUUAAUCCCCCGUCUUCAUUCAGACGCUCUUCCUUACGAACCCUUCGCAGAAAACAGAUGUGCAGAAGGGAGGAGGGAGAGGAGAUGGAAGCAGGGGAGUUGAGUGAUAUUGAAGUGGAUUCUGACUCAGAGGGAGAGAGGGCCAAGACAGGAACGUUCCUGUCUCAUUCCCAAAAGCAACUGGAUCUUGUCACCGAGAAGUUCCACUCUUUCCAGGCCCAGUCUCCACCCCCAUCUCCUGGUCAUUGGAGGGAGUUAUGUUGGGCCUGUGAGGAGAACAUUAGAACCUUGGAGUCUCUGAAGAAUGUCACUGAUCAGCCACAAGUACUAGAGCUGCUGAGAGAGUGGAAGGGACUCCAGGAGAAGGUGAAGGGAGAAUCAGAGAAUGCUUUGAAAGCAGGUGAAACUCAGAUUGCAGUGGAAGCGCUGAAGAAAAUCCUUCUAUCUCUGGGUCAGAGACUUCAGGGCCUUGAAGCCCAGGCCCAUUCUUCAUCUUCCACCCAGCACCUUUCUUCUCAACUUGAAGCCAUCAAGGAGGUCCUGUCCGAACUGACUGGCGAGAAGGGAUCUCUGUUCACGGUGAACAUGUCCGUUCACGGGAUGAUGACAGCCGGGCUCGGACUCGGGGAUCUCAGAGACGCCGUCGUCGAUCUCUAUCGUCUCUGGGAUGACACUCACACCAGGGCCAAGGAAUGCAUGAGUCGAUGGGCGGAAGCGUUGAACGUGUGGAAGGAGGCCGAACUUGCCUUGUCUGAUCUCACUUCCUCUCAGUCCCAUGAUGAUCCUCAUCUCUCCCAGGUUGAGUCGAGAAUGGAGGAGAUGUGCCAGCGGCUAUCGGCUGCCUUCGGGCCCCUUUCCCCGCCGGUAGCAAGUCUUCAAAAGGCGCUCCUGUCCAUCAAGAAGAAGGCGACUUGCCCGGAGCAUGCUUCAUCUGACACCCCUGCUAGGGAGGAAGCGUGGAAGAAGGAGAAGGAGUUGAGAUUGAAGAGUGGCUCUGGUUGGGGUUGGAGAAUCCUCCGGGCGGCGUUCCCGUUUCAGAUGCUCCUGGUAGUCCUUUGUUGGAUGGCAGCCGUCCUUGAGCCGCGAUGCUGUGAUGCCAUCAACAACCUUGCGAACUCCUGGGCUCCGCAGCUCAGGUACAUCCGAGGCAAUCCUCCCACGUGAAUUUUAUCUUGGGAGGAGGAAAGAGUAUAAAAGCAAUCGAUUGCUCGACUGGCUUUGUUUUUGUGUACCUGAAUCCCCCUUGAUCCUGAGGUUUUUUUUUCUGCAAAGUUUUUAAUUUUUAUUAGAGGAAGGGCGGUGCUUGCAUGAGUGUAUACGUGUCUGCCCACCUUCCAUGUACAGAAUUGUUAUCCAUCUUGGUGAAUAGAUGAAAGAAAAGAGAACGAAAGGAUUUGCCUUCCUCUGUUUGCAUCCAUGAACAUCAACACUCUUAGCAGGAUUGAAGGGAAUUGGAAACUGACAAAAAAAAAAGGCUCAACUAGUCCUGUGUUCAAUCAAGGGAAUCACCUUUUAUCUCUCGAUAUCUCAGUUCCGGGGUUUAUUUUUCUAGUGCCAUUCCAAAUAUUGGAUUUUAAAAAAAGAUGCAGUUCUUUUUUUGUUAUGUAUGGUACAGUACUUGUAUCGUGCCUGUUGCAUGCUUUUAUUUUUUAGCAUUGUGGAAAUAAAAGAUUCGUAUGCAUGAAAAGC